CUUUUUAUCAAAAAUAAGAAGUUAACUCGUAUCCCCGCAUGCCGUACAUAGAACUAUAGAAGCGUGAGGGACUACACAUCGAUAGAGCAGCUGGCACCCCUUUUCUUCCUCCUGUCGCUUUACAAACCCUAAAUUGGAAACCAGCAAUCUCUCAAAAUAAUGGCGCACAAUCGGCAAUCUGACCUCAAACCUAACCAUCCAUCUUCAUCGGACGACGAAGAAGAAGAAGAGGAGGAGGAAGAAGUCUCUGGUUCAGAAGAUGAACAAACAUCCGACUCAGGAUCAGAAGAAGCCUCCGAUUCAGAUUCCGAACCGAAACAGAAACAGGAGCCAAAGAAACCAUUAAUUCCACCUCGUCAACUCGCCACCAAACCACAACCACCAGAUCUAUCUUCAUCUGAAACGGAGGAAUCAGGUUCUGAUACCGAUUCCGAUUCGCAACCCAAAAAAUCCAUGGUCGCUGAUCCCAACAUCAAACCUAUCUCCUCGAAACCUAUGGAGCGAGAGGACGUAGCGAACGUCGAAUCGAAAUCAGCCAAAAAAUCCGGAUCGAAAGCUAGCUCAGUUCCAUCUCCGGCGAAGGCUAAGCGACCAGCACCUCCUCCGGUGGUUGAGAAAGAUACGAAGAAAGCUAAGAAGAGCACGACGACAACCGAUGACGACUCGAAGAAGCAGCUGUUUCAGAGGCUGUGGAGUGAGGAUGAUGAGAUUGUUAUACUGAAAGGUAUGAUUGAUUACAAAACUGAGAAAAACGGUGAGAAUCCCGUUGCUGAUAUGGGUGCGUUUCAUGAGUUCAUCAAAAAGUCAUUGCAUGUUGACGUUAGUAGAGCUCAGUUGGUGGAUAAAGUCAGGAGGUUGAAGAAGAAGUAUGUGAAUAACGCAAGUAGAGAGAAGGAUGGCAAAGACAGAAGCUUCUCAAAGAGCCAUGAACAGAAGGGAUACGAGUUAUCAAAAUUGAUAUGGGGUAGUAGUAACAGUCCCAACACUGGAACAGAGAGUAAGAAGACUCAACCUCAAAAGAAUGGUGGUGCUAAAGGUAAUGCUAAUGCUAAUCCUAGUACUAGCUCUGUUGUUGCUUUGGAGAAAACAAAUGGUGUUGACGAGAAGGAAGGUUUGACCAUGGAGGCUGAGAAGAACAUGGAUGUUUCUAGGUUUGUUCAAUAUGGUAGAAUGAGUUAUAGUCCUGUAAUGGAAGAGGAGAUUAUGAAAGCUGGAUUGGAGUUAGUUGAAGGGUCUAAAAAGGAGGAGUUGAAAGAGAAAUGGAAUAAGUUGAAGAUGCAGGAGCUUCAGCUUUAUGUUCAGAGAAUGGAUUUGAUUAAAGAGCAAGCAGCAGUAGUUUUUGAGGCUAUGAAUUCAGCAGGAAAUUGAGGUAAUCAAUGUCUUUAUUUCUUUCUGAUGAUGCCUUUUUAAUAAGAUGUUGUAGUUAUGUUAGAAGUAUGAUGGUUGUGAAUCUUUUUUGUUUCAUUAUUUGAAGUUGUGAACUUGGUAUUAUUUUUAGCAAUUUGAAGUUAGAAAUAACAUUUUCCAUGUUUUUGUUGA